UAUUUACUUAUUCAUCUGUUGGAUGUUUGCGGCGUGUUUGGACUGGUCGUGGGUCUGGGCUCCAUCCAAUCAAAAAGCUAUUGCUACUCCUAGCUUUUCCGGGUACCAGUAAUCGCCAUGGCAGCGGAGUCCCAAGUGCUAAAAGCUGCUCAGCCCCGGGAAAGACCGGUGGCUUUUCCAACCUGGGGAAUAGGGUGGAAGAUGACCUCAACUCGUACAGAAGCAAAACCACGUCCCUUCAGCGUCACAUCGUAGUCCAGAUCCUCUAGAAGGGGUGCCGCUCUCACCCCCACCCCGCCCCGAAGGAGCCGUUUUGUAGCAGUCUUGGGACUGGCUCUGCCACUUUCUAGACCUUCGCGGCGGGGUUCCCCAGGACGCAGCCCUGACAGAGCCGGCUGCAGGCCCGUCACUAUCCCAGGAUUCCCGACUCCGGGUUUCCUGCCCCUCUCCCCUCCCAGCUGCCGGCGCCUGCGGGAGUGGCAAGAUGGCGGACAGGGACUACUUGAGUGAAGCCGCGACUGCCGCAGCGUUUUCUCCUGCGACUGCUCGCGGCCUGAGCCCUCCGCUGGGCUGGAAGGAGCGCCUGCGGGCCGGGCUGGCAGGGGCUGGGGCCUCAUUGUGGUUCGUGGCGGGGCUGGGGCUGCUUUACGCUCUGAGGGUCCCGCUGAGGCUGUGUGAGCACUUGGCAGCGGUGACAGGAUUUUUAAAUUCACUGACACCCAAAUUCUAUGUGGCACUUACAGGGACAUCUUCUUUGAUAUCAGGACUGAUAUUUAUAUUUGAAUGGUGGUACUUCCAUAAGCACGGCACCUCUUUUAUUGAGCAAGUAUCUAUUAACCAUUUGCGACCGCUGAUGGGAGGCACGGAAAGCAGCAUCGCAGAGCCAGGUUCUCCCAGCAACAGAGAAAAUGAAACCGGUAGACAGAAUUUGUCAGAAUGCAAAGUAUGGAGAAACCCUUUAAACCUUUUUAGAGGAGCAGAAUAUAGGAGAUACACUUGGGUAACUGGUAAAGAACCACUUACAUACUAUGACAUGAACUUGUCAGCACAGGACCAUCAGACAUUUUUCACCUGUGACACAGACUUUUUACGUCCUUCAGACACAGUUAUGCAGAAGGCAUGGAGGGAAAGAAAUCCUCCAGCUCGAAUCAAAGCAGCCUAUCAAGCUUUAGAAUUAAACAAUGACUGUGCCACUGCAUAUGUUCUACUGGCUGAGGAAGAAGCAACAACUAUUGUAGAUGCUGAAAGGUUAUUUAAACAGGCACUCAAGGCAGGAGAAACAAUUUAUAAACGGUCACAGCAGUGCCAGCACCAAAGUCCUCAGCAUGAAGCUCAACUGAGGAGAGAUACCAAUGUACUAGUAUACAUCAAAAGAAGAUUGGCAAUGUGUGCAAGGAAAUUAGGAAGAAUAAGAGAAGCGGUGAAAAUAAUGAGAGAUUUGAUGAAAGAAUUUCCUCCUCUUACCAUGUUGAACAUCCAUGAAAAUCUGUUAGAGUCACUUUUAGAAUUACAGGCCUAUGCGGAUGUUCAGGCAGUCCUAGCAAAAUAUGAUGAUAUAAGCCUUCCAAAGUCAGCAGCCAUCUGCUACACAGCAGCACUGUUGAAAACAAGGACUGUUUCAGAUAAAUUCUCUCCAGAAACAGCCUCCAGGAGAGGGCUAAGCACAGCAGAAAUUAGUGCUGUGGAAGCAAUCCAUAGAGCUGUGGAGUUUAAUCCUCAUGUUCCGAAAUAUUUACUAGAAAUGAAAAGUUUGAUUUUACCACCAGAACAUAUUCUGAAACGGGGUGACAGUGAAGCAGUUGCUUAUGCUUUCUUUCACCUUCAGCACUGGAAACGAAUAGAGGGUGCUCUUAAUCUGUUGCAGUGUACAUGGGAAGGCACUUUUAGAAUGAUUCCAUACCCAUUAGAGAAAGGACAUCUAUUUUACCCUUAUCCCAGCUGCACAGAAACUGCUGACAGAGAGCUGUUACCUACCUUUCAUCAUGUGUCUGUAUAUCCCAAGAAGGAGCUUCCUUUUUUCAUCCAUUUUACAGCAGGACUGUGUUCUUCUACAGCAAUGAUAGCUCUUCUCACACACCAGUUUCCUGAAAUCGUGGGUGUUUUUGCUAAAGCUGGGGCGGCUCUGCAGGAUUGCUUACGGAGAGCUCUGUGUCUGGCACCUCUCUCCACAAGGCCCAGGCGCCCAGGGUCCCACCGACCUGCCCAGGAAUGCAUCGCAUUGUUCUCUGGUGCUGUAAUUUGGCUGCAGGAGCUAGGCUGAAUGCCUCCCAGGGAUGAGAAACAUGCUCUCCCUGGCAUCCUCCCUUCUUCCCAGCUCGCUUGCGCUUCUGCACUAUGACCACUGAGAGCAUUUAAAUAAAAACCUCAGAAAGGCUAAGGGAGAAAAAAAUCCUUAUUAUCUGUCUUCUAUUAAGCCAUGUAAAAACUCAUGUCCUGAGUGUGUCUGAGAACUUGGCAGAGGACUUAGUGGUUGGUGAUCUUGAUAAAAGAGUGUGAGAGAAAGGAGAAGAAAUACUGCAGCAGGAACGAACAGAAAUGAAACACUGAGUAUUCAUAAGUUAGAUCCAUAACACGUUUUGCAAACAGACCCAUAAGGUAAUAUUGGAUUCUUUUAAUCAACCUGAAACCCUUCGUUCACUUUUCUAGCAUUUCUCUUUACAAGAGUAUGGAUUAAUGCCAUUUUUCAGAGAUAAUAAUAAUAAAAAUUGUUCUUAUCUGCAGGGCUAAGUUAAGGCUGGCAUUCUUAAGAAAAAGUACAGGCUGUGCCACACUGCUGAGGUACUUUAGUCAUGUGGCUUCACUAAAAAGCAUAGAGAUAGUAUCUUUUAAGUUAACUGCAUCCAGGCAGUACUUGCUGCAGUCUAUGACACCUCAAUAUCAAGAGUUAAAAGAAAUGAGGACCAAUGAGGAGAGAGGCCGAGACACAGCCGAUGGGAAGGACAGACAUCAAGUGGAAGAGGACAGGAGAGAGGGCACUUAGAGGCCGAAUGGGGUAGCAGCAGAGUUAAAUGGAGCCCUGACUGCACCAAAUAAAUUUCUUAGUUUUGUGGCUUGUUCCAAGUAAAUUAGUUUUUGUUUGUAUAAUGCAGAAUGAACGCCAGUUGUCUAAAGCCAAUCGGAAUGUAGAGGCGAGCUAAGGACUAAGAGGAAAAAUUAAUUGCUUAGCCAUCUUCCCUUCUUGGGGCCACCCAGGUUCAGUAGUGAGGCUCAAAAAGACAUCGUUUCUCUUGCUUAUCUACCUCACUUUUCAAACUUCUGUGUGGACAGCUUGCUCUUCUUAAUCAUUUAGAGGAAAUUGCAAAACUUGUGUCUUUGUAAGCAAAAAUUUGCAGUACAGGGAAAAAGCACAGUCUGUAUCAAAUGCUGGAAGAGGGCCAUGCACUUCCUUCCACAGGGUGAGAACCACAAAUGAAAAGACAUUAGGGCACACAGGUAGAUUUAACUCGGGUUGACCUCCCAGGGAAGGCCUGUACCACCACUGAUACAGUAACCUGGUGGUUCUUAGGAGAGCAGGAGCUGGCUGGGACCUGAGGUUCUUCCCAGUAGCCUGGUAUACAAGGCAGUAUUUGUGAACUCAUUCAGUAUUAUUCUUGAAUUGACUGACCAUGACCCCCGUAUGGCCCCACUACCCCCAAAGCUUUCCUUCUCUUAAUCCCAGCCCAAGAUAUCAGAAGCUCUUCUUUCCCCACUCUAUUUCCUCCUACCCCAGUCCCACCAAUGGCUCAUCAGUUAUCCAGUUGACUCCACUCUGCAAGGAAGACAUUCCCUUGGCCUGACUCACUCAGUCUCAUUUCUCCACAGGCAUCCCCUUACCACAGACCACAAGGGCCCUGAUUAGCUCAUGUUUUGUGUUAAUGGAUUUCAAAUUGGAGCAGAUCCCCUCACCAAAAGAAAAACCACCCUAAACUCUCCCACUCAGGUCUCAGCAGGUUACACAAAUAUUAGUCCUAUCAUCCAAAUAAAUCUGCCUCCGUGGCCCAAAGCUGUGGUUCUUCUGACCUUCUGCUGCCUCUGCAGAGUGAAGUUGCUCCACAAAUAUUCGAGGACCCUAAGGGAUGUUGGAGAGGACCCUGGGAAAGGAAAGGGGGGCCUAUAUCUAGAACUUGUGUGUAUCCCUGAACCUAAAGCCUGUUGUCACAACUAUACAGUUCUAAAUUGGAAGUUGCUAGAGAGGUUAUGUUGGACCAGACUAGUUAGGAGCUCUGGUAAAAGGUAUCUGACCCUGGGAAAGGAAAGGGGGGCCUAUAUCUAGAACUUGUGUGUAUCCCUGAACCUAAAGCCUGUUGUCACAACUAUACAGUUCUAAAUUGGAAGUUGCUAGAGAGGUUAUGUUGGACCAGACUAGUUAGGAGCUCUGGAAAAGGUAUCUGGCUGGAGUUUGGAGCAUAGUUAAG